AUGCAGACCAUGCCGCCCCGAUCAUCUUUAACUAGUUCGUUCUCUGUCACUGACGCCAAUAACGAAGUGGUUUGCCCUUUGAAAAACAAUGAUGGUUCCAAUUGUCGCAAGAGAUGUCUGGGAGAAAAGCGUUAUCGCUCCAUGCAGGAGCACAUUCGCCGUGCUCACCCCAACCAUUACAUUCCGAAGCUCCCGGCUACCGAGGAGAGCUUUAUCUUGAUGGUGACAACCCCACCCGACCAGCGUGCUCACCUGUCUCCCCCGAAACCCGCUACUUCUCGACGGCGCAAUGCAGCUGACUGGGAAGUAGAUCUGGCUGAUCGCGACAUUUAUGUUGCCGAUGCUGGCUCCCCCGCAACCCCGCGGGGUAUCGAUGAAGCCCAUCCGGCCGCUGCCACCGCAGCCGUCGCCUUGGCCCAAUUGCACCACAACCGCUUAGCAUCUGACUGGGAUACAGACAUGGAAACCCAAUCGGACAAUGACCGGGACCGGAUCCGCUCCGUCGAAUUGCCGUCACUGCGCGAGCAUUUCAAACAAGAGUCAUUGCCUCCAUUUCCCGCGGCUCGCCCUCGAGAGCUCCUGCCUUCCAUUUUGACACACUCGCCGCCCGGGCGCUCUUCGACGUUGCCUCCCAUCCAACGUAGGGACAAGCUGCCUCGAUCUCGCAAGUCGUCGAUCUCUGGGGCCCGCAAGCCGAAACACGAGCGCACUAAAUCGAAGGAAUACGGACGACGUCCGAGUCUAGGAGAUCGCAAGGCGCUUUCUGCCGAGCCACAAACUGCAGCUUGGGCGCAGGGUAAGCGUUGGGAGGACCUCAUAGAGGCUGCUACUUCCGCGACAGAAGCAGAUGACGAACACCAGUCUGAUGUCGGCCGGUCGCCUACGAUGCCGCCUCUCAUCUCCAACAUCACCUCGGCUCCUGCGGGUAACAACCGUUCUUCGCUACCACCCGCAUUCCAAACUCCCACUGGACUACCCCACCCGACAUCCUACCGGCCUUUCCCCCACCCCUUCGCGUCGCCUAUGCACAAGUCCAUGACCCCGCCGCCAUUUGAUCGCAACCGCGACAGUGACUUGGAGCCAUUCCCGUCCAUCGAGUCGUCCAUUGACUCGGCUUCGUCGACGUCGGGCAAGAAUCAUUCCUUCUCCAGUCACCUCGCGCCUUCGAUCAACUCGGAUUUCAGCCCAGUGUUGAAUAUGUUUCCCUCUGCGUCGCAACGGCAACACCAUCGGUUCUCAAAUCCCACCCCGGCCUCUUACCGUAGCAAAGAGAUUCAGAUCUACUGUGCCAGCUGUAAGCGGCCUUGGGCACUGAGUGAAUGCUAUGCCUGCACGGAAUGUAUCUGCGGAGUUUGCCGGGAGUGUGUCGGGAUGUUCAUCACCAGCCCCCCUGCAUCCUUCCGGAAUGUGACGUCCAGCCCAGGGAGCGCGAUGUCGCACGGGCCGACCAGCUAUCCUAACCACCCGCGCGGCUGUCCUCGAUGCCGCACGGUCGGAGGCAAAUGGAAAGCCUUCCAACUUGAUUUUAGGUGA